CAGUUCUGCGCCCACAAGUAUUGGAAAAGCACCAACAAUUCAGCAACUUACACUUGCAUUAGCGUCGGUAAAAUGGAACCAUCGGACAAAUUGUUUGCGCGCUCGUACCACUUUCUCGAUGAGCAUGGGGAAAACAUUCCAUUGCGAGCUUCCAUCGGCGGGAGCUCAUGGACAGCAGCCGGUGGAGGCUCAUUGCCGCACCACCGACGACAGCGCAAAACACUGAUGUCUUCUUCCAAGACCAGAGAAAAUCAGCACGAAUCCUUUAACUCAUCGGCAUCGUCGGUGCGCUCAAUCGCAACCCGGUGGAGUGACAACACAUUGGUGCAAUCGGUCUUGAUGGCCGAUGGACUCUACGUGCCGGAUGUUGAGGUGGAGACUUCCCCUGAGCAAUUGCCUUCCCGAUACUCGAAAGCUAACGUGAAGUCUAAGGCCACUUGGUUUGGAGCGCUUUGUUUGGCUGGUAUUGGAAUGUUUGUCGAAGCUUACGUAAUCAUUACCACGGGACAGAUCAAAACUAUUUGGCACAGCAAUUAUCCCACUUGCUGGGAAGCCGACAAAGACCAGCCUUGUCCCAACAAGAUUCAAUGUUGCGUCAGCUAUGCAGAAUUUGCUGGGAUAAUGAUUGGUAUGCUUACGUUUGGCACGGUAGCAGAUCGGGUAGGUCGCAAGCAAGCCGGGACCUUGACAUCUAUUGUAAUGAUUGCCGGCAUUGGCGGAAUGACAUUCUUUGAUAGUGAUAACAUUUCCACACUGUUUGUUGUCUUUUCCUGUUUUUUCGCCGUUUUCGGAUUUGGAGUUGGGGGUGAGUAUCCGCUGACGGCAACUCAAGCAGCUGAGCACCACGCCGAAAGCGCGGAGGACGCUUUACAAGACGACGAGGAAACUCGUCAUCAUCGCCUGCUGAUGGAAAAGGCCAAAACGGCUCGACGUGGUGAAACUAUAUCCUUAGUUUUCGCCAUGCAAGGAGUCGGUGCAGUUGUAGGGAGUCUGCUGUUGCUCUCUCUCAUUUUCUUUUCUGGUCAAGGUCGCGUAGAUUGCUAUAGUUUGUCGGCAAAUUCACGCGGAACGGAUGUCAACGCGCUGGAGACCAUUUGGCGGAGCUUCUACUUGAUCGGGCUUAUAAUGGUUUGCAUGUUGUUCAUCUAUCGAUCAUUGGUCCUCGAAGAGGGCGAUGGUUGCGCUAUGAUGGCCGCUCGAAAAGAGCGGCGAGAAACUAAACACGGAAAGGAUGUUAUGAAAAAACGCUGGUGGCAUAUCUUUUGGUUUUAUACGCCACGUCUGCUCGGUACAGGCGGAAACUGGUUUGUCUGGGAUGUAACAUUUUAUGGAUUGAAACUUUUUUCUGGUCCAAUAUUUGACGAUAUCAAUCCUGGAGGGGACCUAAUGGUACAAAACGGAUACUUGUUGAUCAACAAUCUAUGCGCCCUUGUCGGUUACUACUGCGCGGCUAGGGUAAUCGAUAAUCCUUUCAUUGGGCGGAAGCGCUUGCAAAUGUUUUCAUUCGCUGUAUCUGCAAUUCUAUUCAUGGCGACGGCCGCCGUUUUCGACACAGCUAGCUCGGGUGCUAUCAUGUUUCUUUUCUUUGCUAGCAGCUUUUUUGGAAAUUUUGGAGCAAAUGUUACAACCUACGUCAUGGCAGCUGAAACGUAUCCAACAGAACUUCGUGGCACGUUUCACGGGCUGUCGGCGUUUCUCGGAAAGGCUGGAGCUCUUUUUGCGAAUAUUGGAUUCACUUAUCUUUCAACAGAUGAAAUUUUUUGGGCGUGUGGGGCAUGUGCAAUUACCGGCUUCUUUUUGACCUACGUCUUUUCGGUUGACUUGACAGGAGUUUCUCUGGCGGAGCACGACGCACUCUUGGAGCUCCUUUAUGCGAACCGGGUUGGUCGAUAUCGAGGCAAGCUGAAUGAAUACCGCCACUUAUCCAACUUUGAGAUCUGGACAGGUUGGCAUGGGGAAUACGAUCAGGACUGGGUUCGUAAGCUGAUUGCUGACGAGGAAAAAACGAUGCACCCUAUCCACCUUCCGGGGGAACCGAGUCUUGAUGGAAAACAAAAGGUGUAGGAAGGCAACACAGUUAUUAACUUUAAGGAAGAAAGAACUAGGUAGUUGAUCACGAAUCUGUGGGUAAACAAAGAGCUUUACCGCGUACAUUC